ACUCCCUGCCUGUUUCUCUGGCCAUGGCCUGCACCCAGAACCUGUUUCUCCUUUUGAUGGGAGCCUUUCUGGCAGUCUUACAGCCAGUCCUAGCCCAGCCGGAUGCACUGCUGGUCUUCCCAGGCCAAGUGGCCCAACUCUCCUGCAGACUCAGCCCCCAGCAUACCACCAUCUUGGACUAUGGUGUGUCCUGGUACCAGCAGCGGCCAGGCAGUGCCCCCCGCCUCCUUCUCUACUACCAUUCAGAGGAGGACCACUAUCGGCCUGCUGACAUUCCUGAUCGAUUCUGGGCUGUCAAGGAUACAGUCCACAAUGCUUGCGUCCUGACCAUCAGCCCUGUGCAGCCUGAGGAUGAUGCAGAUUACUUCUGCUCUGUUCAUUAUGGUCUUGAUCUCUAGGGAUGGGAUAUGGAAUGAAUCUCUCUUUUCUGCCCUUGACUUUGGAUCCCUCUCUUUCUCAGUCUUGCUUCCUUCCUUCCUUUGUAAAAUGGAUUAACCACA